CCAUUAACCCAAUCAUGAUUAACAAUUUAGAUGGUAAAGUGUAAUAGAGGGACUAAUUUCAAAACACUUAAAGCAUCGGGGCUGGGACUAAUUUCAAAAUAUAAAGAUUUGAGGGAUUAUGCAAAAUAUCAAGAUUCGGGGGCUAAUUUCAAAGUGUAAAGAUUUGAGGGAUUAAUUCAAAACAUGUUGAUUUGGGGGACUAAUUUCGAACAGUAACACGAAAUAUUUGGGGGACCAAUAUCGAAAAAAACCCAAAGCAUUUUUCGUAGAAUUAUUCUUCAUGAUUUUCUCCAAAAAUUCUCAAACCCACGCGUCCCGCUUACAGAGAGCUCGAAGAAAGGAACUCAAAUGAUAAAUUAAAGAAAGGGGGGAAAAACUAAUUCCGCAAAUUAGGGUAUCAGAAAUCAAAGGGAAAAAAAAAUUUAGAAGAAGAUGGAGAAAGGAGUGAAGAAGAGGAGGGCAACGAGCAAAAGAAAGAAAAGACGAGGGUUUGUAAAGGCGGUAGCGGAGUACCUGUUGUCGGAUUCCUACAUGUACGCCCCUCUCAUCGAUUCCCCGUCGAAGGUUUCGGAUCCGGGUCCCCAUCCGCUAACUCCGACUACCCAAAUCCACUCUCCCCCCUCAAACGCCGCUAAAGGCAUGUCAGAUAUUAACGAGUUAAAAUCUCAGCUCAAGCAUGAGUUCGGGAUGAAAGAUCUGGGAGCAACGAAGAAGAUUUUGGGGAUGGAUAUUUACAGGAACAAACCACAGAAGAAAUACAUUAAGAAGGUGUUGGAGAUAUUUGACACGCUUGAUGCCAAACUUGUGAAGACUCCACUUGCUACUUAUUUUCAUCUUUCAGCAGAUUUGUUACCUUAGACUGAAGAGGAGCAGUACAUGUCUUGUGUUUCUUAUGCCAGUGCAGUAAAAACAUUAUGUAUGCUAUGGUUUGCACCCGUCCAGAUAUUUCACAUGUAAUCAGUGUUGUGAGUCGGUAUAUAAAUAAGCCCGGAAAGGUCCAUUAGCAGACUGUGAAAUAGAUACUUAUAUAUUUGAGAGGAUAUGCUGAUAUUGAUUUAUAUUUUUUAGCAGGAGCUUGUAGAAUACUUGGCUAUUCUGAUUCAGAUUAUGCGGGUGAUUUAGAUAAGAGACGAUCCCUGACAGCCACAAGUUAUGUAUUUACUC